AUGUUCCAGAUCUCGUCUCUUGUCCAGAAGGCUCAGUCGCUGGUAGACCCGUCGAACUUCGGCUUCCCUACGCCCACCUCCUCCGACCGCAAUCCCUCCAAGGCUUCACUCUUCCGCCAGCAGUUCCGGCUCCCAGACUCGCAGAAUCCCCUACAGGAGAUCACCGCAGAGCUCGUCCUGCCGCUGCCGUACUCGUCGUCGAGCUCUACCCAUGGCGAGCGGGCCAAGGACGCUGGCCGUUCUGGCAACAGGUACAUAGGGAACCUGCAUCUCAGCGAGCGCUUCAUGUGCUUCUCGACACAGCCUACGAGUUUCCUACAGUCGUCGAGCUUUAAUGCUUCAUCCGCCUUCACCGGACAGACACACGGGACGGGGCCGUCGGGGAACGGGUUCACGCUGCCCCUCUGUUCGAUACGUCGGGUCGAGAGGCUGAACAGCCAUGGACACAUCUUCUCCCUCUCGAUUACCACUUGGAAUGGAGCGUUGAACAAAGCAGCUCCCGCGAAGGAUGCACCGGCCAUGGUGCAGAAGUUUACAAUCCAUCUCGAUGGCUCUCGACAGGCGUGCGAGCGAUUCUGUGACGGCUUGAAACGAGGGCUCAGGGAUGGGAUGAAGGACAUUGAGGGCCUCCGGCAAGUAGUGGCUGAGUGUCACUCCGAAUACAUGCUCUCUGGUUCUCGAACGGUGAAGAAGGAGGGUGUGGAGGUGGAAACGACCAGGGAGCCCCCAGACACGGGUUUAGGCCUGCCUACCUUUCAUAAACUUAUCCGGGUCGGCCUUCCAAACCGUCUACGUGGUGAGCUAUGGGAGAUCUGCUCUGGCUCAUUCUAUUCUCGCCUACGCUCCCCGAAUCUCUACCAGGAGACCUUGGCCAAAUUUUCUGGCCGCGAGUCCCUUGCAAUCGACGAGAUAGAAAAGGACCUCAACCGCAGUCUUCCAGAAUAUCCUGGAUUCCAGAGCGAGGAAGGAAUCGGCAGGCUAAGAAGGGUUUUAACGGCUUAUAGCUGGAUAAACGAAGAAAUUGGAUACUGUCAGGCAAUGAAUAUCGUCGUUGCCGCUCUAUUAAUUUAUACGUCUGAAGCGCAAGCGUUUUUCCUAUUAUCAGUGUUGUGUGACCGGUUAUUACCCGGCUACUACUCCACAACUAUGUACGGAACACUGCUUGAUCAAAAGGUGUUUGAAUCACUUGUUGAAAAGACAAUGCCCAUUCUAUGGGAGCAUCUGGUCAAGUCGGACGUCCAACUAUCCGUCGUGUCUCUUCCCUGGUUCCUUUCGCUGUUCAUCAACUCCAUGCCUCUCGUGUUCGCCUUCCGCGUUCUCGACGUAUUCUUCCUCGAAGGUCCCAAGGUGCUCUUCCAAGUCGGGCUAGCCAUCCUUCGUAUCAAUGGGGAGGAACUUCUUGACGUUACCGACGAUGGGACGUUCAUCUCUAUCCUCAAGUCAUAUUUCUCAAGGCUUGACGAGUCUGCUCACCCCCGUUCAGACAAUCCAAAGUUACGUGCCAUUACUCGAUUCCAGGAGCUCAUGGUUGUCGCCUUCAAGGAGUUUUCGGGGAUAACACAUAGCACAAUUGUGGAAGAACGAGCCCAGCACAAAGACGCCGUAUUGCAUAAUAUUGAAAACUUCGCGAAGAGGACCUCCAUCCGCAACCUUGGACCGGAGAGUAAGAAACUUAGUGUCGAUGAUCUGGGUGCAACAUAUGACCGCUUUUACGAAGUAUUAUAUGACCGUCAACAAAAGAUAAGGGCCCAAGAGGAGGAAGAGCGACGGCAAAGCAAAGCCGGAAACAAGAAUCCUACACGAUAUUCAGCCCUAAUCCCCACCGUGGAGGCACCGGUAACCCGUGUUGGCCUUGGCCCCAGUCCAACGCUCAUGGAUUAUGAUGGCUUUAGAGAAUUCCUUGCAGCCACUGCUAAAUGGGCUGGUAGCGAUUCGCCAUCACGCAAAGAAUCGGCCUCUGACAGAAACGCCAGCCUAAGAGGGCGGAAUAAGUCUUGGGAUAGACUCAAAUAUCCUACGCCUGCAGAGCAUGACUUUUUGAGGCGACUAUUCCGUAAAUGGGAUGUUGACGGCAAUGGCGGCCUGAGUUUACAAAACGUUGUCAACGGUCUGGCUCAAAUAAAAGGGAGCAGAGAUAUUAUGAACACCAUCAAUUACUUUUUUGAUUUAUAUGAUGAUGAUGGCACCGGACAGGUAGAUCGAGAAGGUAUACUACGCAUGUCCGAGGCUCUCCUCUUCCUUUCCAGAAGAGGGUUUGAAGGCAUUAUCAAAGUCAGAGCCAAUGGAGACAAUGACCGAUCCUCAGUUUCGACUCACGAAGGAGAUUUGAGAGCCAGACCCAAGCUUAGCGCUGAUGAGAAGUUCCUAAGCAGUGUCAGCGAUUUUAUUCAGCAUUGUUUUGAAUAUGCCGAUCCCAGCCACCCUCAAAAUCAAGAGCAACACACGGAAUUGGAAUCCAAGCUUGGCGCUUUUAGUAUUGGUGACGACGAGGAUGAUGAUGAUGAUGAAGAGGAUGAGUUCCACCCGACUCCCGACUCGGACUCUAAAGCAAAAUCACUAGAGCCCACGAAUGAUGAUAUCCCUACCACCCCUCUCUCCCCCACGACCAAGCGGGCAUCCGAAGCAGCCAAUGCAGCCUUGGACCCUGCUCAUCCAUUACACAUCACAUUACCAACAUUCCGAAUGGUCAUCCUUGCCGAUGAAUUACUUGAACAAUUCUUUGAAAGCUACUUCCCAGAGUCAUUCCACCUCUCUGACCGUCCUUCCCCUGAUGCCAGUGCUGCCUCGCGCUCGACAUCUCUGUCUUCUAAUCUCACCACGUUCGCUAAUCUUGGCUAUAACCGUUCGCCUGAUAGAGCUGCAGCCCCAUCGGGCGCGACCCUGGCUGGUGCCUCGGGUGGCAUUGUUCCUCCUGGCCAUAAGGGCCUCAGAGGUGUCCUGGAUAACAUCGUCUCUGACGGGAUGCGCAUGGCUGCGGAAGUUCGCAAGAAGAUGGAAGAAGCCCAAAGGGAAAUGGAGCGUAAUGCUCUUGGAAAUAGGGCAGAUGAAGAUGACGACGAGGACGAGGAUGAUGCCGCUUAUUAUGAACGAAGAAAUAACGAUGCUUCAAAGCUUCGUGCACCAUCAAUUCGUGAAGGUGAUCGUGACUUGCUAGAAGGUGCCGAGGUGGCCAGCCUUAGGGAGCGAGAGGCGCCUGAGCAGAGUGAAGGUAGCAACACAAACACUCCCAAAGCAACCCUUUCUCCUUCGCCAGGCGCUCUUGUACGAAGAUCCUCGGAUUGCACUGUUGAUAAGGUCGAGUUUGAGUCAUAG